AUGCCAGCAGAUAUUCGCAGUUUCUUUGGUGGCAAGCCGGCUGCUACACCACCGGCGAAAGAGGAAAAGAAGGCUCCUGCCAAAAAGGGUAGAGCUAGAAAGGUCGUUGAUGACAGCGACGAUGAGGAAGAGCAAACAAAACGCGCCGCAUCACCAAAAGGCGAGGAAACAACGACUGCCGCCUAUUUCGCCAACAAGAACAAGCCAAAGCGAACUGCCACCGCUACCAGAUCACAACCUGCUGCUCCCCAGAAAUCUCCUGCCAAACCCAUCAAAUCAGAAACAACUCCACCACCUUCGACAGAUGACUUGAAUCCCGACGACUUCCCUGACGACGACCUGGACGACGUCCCCACAACAAACCUCAAGAAGGAAGACCCACCUGCCGAAGACAUGCCUCCCAAGAAUCGCGCCGCCGCCACAAAGGCCAAAUCAACAAAGGUCAAGGACGAAGACUACGAAGACGCCAAUGUUACCAUGAAAGACGAUGACUUUGUCGUUCCAGACGAUGAUGACGAUGACAUGGUUAUCGAAGAACCCACCAAGGCCAAACCCAAAUCCAAGGCCGGCGCAAAGAGAAAGUCAAAGGACCUCGACACAGAUGAAGAAGAGGAAAAGCCCAAGCUCAAAAAGCCUCGUGCUCCAGCCAAGAAGAAGGACAAGGAUCCACCACCCGAAGACAGUGCAGAACUCAAGGCCAUUCUCAACGACAUUCCUUUAAUUCAGGCACCCGACCCUCCCAGUGAUGAUGAGACGACCGGCAAGAAGAAAUGGUACAACCGACCCAAGGAUGAUAACCCCGCCCCUGGUGCCGGUAGUCUCGACAUUCCCGAGGGCAAUGAAAACUGUCUUGCUGGCCUGAGCUUUGUCUUCACUGGUCAGCUUACAUAUCUUUCAAGAGAAGAGGGUCAGAAUCUGGUCAAGCGUUAUGGUGGAAAGUGCAUGACAGCUCCCAGCAAGAACACUAGCUACGUCGUUCUGGGAGCUGAGGCUGGUCCCAAGAAACUCGCCACCAUCAAGCAACACAAUCUCAAAGUCAUUAACGAGCAAGGUCUUUGCGCUCUCAUUGCGAAACUUCCUCCUAACGGCGGCGAUAGUGUGGCCGGCGCAAAGUUUGCAGAACAGCAGAAGAAGGAUGCCGAGAAGAUCAAGAAGGCUGCUGAAGACAUUGAAAAGGCAGAGCGUGCAAACGCUGCCAAGGGUGGUGCAUCCCAGCAAAAGGGUAUUGCUGCUGACGGCACCGACAACAGACUCUGGACUGUCAAGUAUGCUCCCACUCAGCUCAGUCAGAUUUGUGGCAACAAAGGUCAAGUGGAAAAGUUGAGCAACUGGUUGCGCAACUUCCACAAGAACGCCCGCAAAGAUUUCAAACUGGCCGGAAAGGAUGGCAGUGGUACUUACAGAGCAGUCAUGAUUCAUGGCCCUCCUGGUAUUGGAAAGACCACAGCAGCACAUCUCGUCGCCAAACUCGAAGGUUUUGACAUUGUUGAAAGCAACGCCAGUGAUACUCGCAGCAAGAAGUUGGUCGAAAGCGGUCUCAAGGGCGUCCUGAGCACAACUUCCCUCAUGGGUUACUUCUCUUCCGGUGAGGUCGAGGCAAGCAAGAAGAAAUUGGUCUUGAUCAUGGAUGAAGUCGAUGGUAUGUCUGCUGGUGAUCGUGGCGGUGUCGGCGCGCUUGCCGCUGUCUGCAAGAAGACUCAGGUCCCGAUGAUUCUCAUCUGCAACGACCGCAAACUGCCCAAGAUGAAGCCAUUCGACUUUGUCACAUUCGAUCUACCUUUCCGCCGUCCAAGCAACGACAUGAUUCGUGCUCGUAUCGCAACUAUUGCCCACCGCGAAGGUCUCAAAAUGCCUCCAAACGUUAUGAACGCUUUGAUCGAGGGUACAGGAGCAGAUAUUCGCCAGGUUGUCAACAUGAUCUCUACAGCAAAGCUUGACCAGUCUGCCAUGGAUUACGACAAGGGCAAGGAGAUGUCCAAGGCCUGGGAGAAGCAUGUUGUCUUGAAGCCGUGGGACAUUACCAGCAAGAUUCUUGGAGGUGGCAUGUUCCAAGCAGCCAGCAAAUCAACACUCAAUGACAAGAUUGAGCUGUACUUCAACGACCACGAGUUCAGUCCUCUGAUGUUGCAGGAGAAUUAUCUCGGCACAAAGCCGAUCUUGGCUGCAGAUGCUCCUAAUGCGAAGAUGGCCAAUCUCAAGACGCUCGAGUUAUCAAGUCAAGCAGCCGACAGUAUCUCGGAUGGUGAUCUGGUUGAUAGAAUGAUCCACGGCUCGCAACAGCAAUGGAGUUUGAUGCCUACACACGCCAUCAUGAGUUUUGUUCGUCCAGCCUCGUUUGUUGCAGGCUCUCAAGCUGGUUCUCAGACUCGCUUCACAGCAUGGUUGGGCAAGAACAGUACCUAUGGCAAACUCGGUCGUCAAGUCAAGGAAAUCCAAGGUCACAUGCGUCUACGAACUUCUGGAGACAGACACGAGAUCAGACAACAGUAUCUUCCCACCUUGUGGCAGAAUCUUGUCAAGAAGCUGGAGGUUGAAGGCAAAGAAGCAGUCCCUGAAGUUAUCCAGCUGAUGGAUCAGUACUUCCUUACCAAGGAUGACUUUGAUGCCAUCAUGGAACUUGGUGUCGGACCUAUGGAUCAGGAAAAGGUCAAGCUGGAAACUCAGACAAAGGCCACCUUUACCAGGAUGUACAACGCACAAUCUCACCCUCUCCCCUUCAUGAAAGCUUCCAGCGUCGUCAACCCAUCCAAGAAGAUCGCAAAAGACAAGCCCGAUCUCGAAGAAGCCAUGGACGACUCAGAAGAUGAAGCAAUCCUCAAGGACGCAGCUGAGGAUGAUGCCGAAGAAGAGGAAGACAUGGAUCCUACAAAGGACAAGUACGUCGCCAAACCCAAGAAGAAGAAAGCUCCUGCUGCAAAGGGCAAGGGAAAGAAGAAGGCAGACAGUGGAGAUGAAGAUGAUGAGGAGGAUAAGCCAAAGCCGGCUGCUAAGAAGAAGGCUCCUGCUAAGCCAAGGGCUAAGAAGUGA